AUGGUCACUCGGGAUCGAGCCGAGAAUAGGGACGGCCCCAAGAUGCUGAAGCCGCUGGUGGAGAAGCGGCGCCGGGAUCGCAUCAACCGCAGCCUGGAAGAGCUGAGGCUGCUGCUGCUGGAGCGGACCCGGGACCAGAACCUCCGCAACCCGAAGCUGGAGAAAGCAGAGAUACUGGAGUUCGCCGUGGGCUACUUGAGGGAGCGAAGCCGGGUGGAGCCCCCGGGGGUUCCCCGGUCCCCAGCCCAGGACGCCGAGGCGCUCGCCAGCUGCUACUUGUCCGGCUUCCGCGAGUGCCUGCUUCGCCUGGCGGCCUUCGCGCACGACGCCAGCCCGGCCGCCCGCGCCCAGCUCUUCUCCGCGCUGCAUGGCUACCUGCGCCCCAAGCCGCCCCGGCCGGAACCGGUAGAUGCGAGGCCCCAAGCGCCGCGCCCACCGCUGGACCCCGCCGCCCCGGCGCCCGGCCCCGCGCUGCACCAGCGCCCCCCAGUGCACCAGGGCCCCCGUAGCCCGCGCUGCGCCUGGUCCCCGUCCCCCUGCUCGCCCCGCGCCGGGGAUUCCGGCGCGCCGGCGCCCCUCACCGGACUGCUGCCGCCGCCGCCGCCGCCGCCGCCGCCGCCGCCGCCGCACAGACAAGACGGGGCGCCCAAGGCCCCGCCGCCCCCGCCGCCCGCUUUCUGGAGACCUUGGCCCUGA